UUUUUGACCCGGCAAACAUCUGUCAAUUUGGACUUCAACCGAGCAGCGUUGGUCUUAAAAUCCGUGACCGUAGUUUUCCAUGAACGCCAACAUGUCGCCGUCUUGCGUCCGCCUCCGUAAAGUUAGCUACUGUCCUCGUGAAGGAAACUAACCGUGUUUUCUUGUCCCCUGGUCAACAAGUUGUGUUGAGAAUGGACAGCAUAGCGUUGGAGCUCGACGCGAUCAAAUUCGCCAAAACGGCGGUCACCUACGACCAGAAUGGCAAAUACAACGAAGCUGUGUUUUACUAUAAGGAGGCCGCCCAGGCCCUCAUCUACGCCGGCAUGGCGGGCUCCAAGCUGGACGGCAUCCAGGACAAAGUCAACGAGUACCUGGAUCGAGUACAGACCCUCCACAAUGCGUGUAAGACCGUCAAAAGCACACACAAGUGACAUUACUAGGUCAUC